AUGACGUUUUCAACUGACUUUGAUUCUCUUCCUCAAGCGAUAGCCGUUGGCGAUUUUAACAACGAUAAUCAACUGGAUAUUGUCGUCACUAACGCUGGUACUAAUAAUAUAGGAGUGUUUCUUGGAAAGAACGAUGGAACUUUUUCAAACCAAACUACAUAUUCAACUGGUGAUUAUCCUGUUUCGGUGGCCGUUGCUGAUUUCAACAACGACACUCGACUGGAUAUCGUUGUAAGCAACAAUAAUGGUAAUAAUGUAGGAGUACUUCUUGGUAAUGGGAAUGGAACGUUCAAGCGUCAGAUCACCUAUACUACAGGCUUCGGUUCUCAUCCUAGUUCGGUGGCUGUAUGUGAUUGCAACCGAGACCAUCGAUUCGACAUUAUCGUUGCCAAUAGUGGAAAAAAUAAUCUAGGUCUCUUGCUCGGAAAUGGUGAUGGGACCUUCCAAGCACAACGGUUAUAUUCUAUAAAUAUUGGUUCUCCACAAAUAGUUGUCACUGCAGAUUUGAAUAAUGAUACUUGGGCGGAUAUUAUUGUUGCUAUUGAUGGUACUUACAAUGUAGGUAUCUUAUAUGGAGGCCCAGAUAAAAACUUUACUAAUCCAACGACAUAUUCAACGGGUGCACAAUCUCUUCCGUAUUCGGUUGCUGUGGGUGACUUCAACAACGAUGCUAUAUUGGAUAUUGUUGUAGCUAAUUCUGGGACUGACACUAUAGGUGUCUUUCUUGGACUUGGUGAUGGAAAUUUCGCUAUGCAAAUUCAAUAUCCAACGGGAUUAGGCUCUAUACCAAAUUCAGUUGCUCUCGGUGAUUUUAACAAUGACAACCGACUGGAUAUCGUUGUAGCCAAUGAUGGGACUGACACGAUAGGCAUCUUUUUUGGAAAAGGCGACGGAUAUUUUUCAGACCAAAUUACAUAUCCAACCUAUGGUUCCGCUUUCUCAUUGGCUGUUGGCGAUUUGAACAAUGAUGGCCGACUAGACAUCGUCGUAAUCAGUCUUUCUCCUGAUAAUGUAAUGAUCUUGUUGGAAAAUGACGAUGGGACUUUUAUAAAUCCAACAGUGUAUUUAAUGGAAUUGGGUUCUCAGCCGUAUUCAGUAGCCCUUGGUGAUUUUAACAAUGACAAUCGACUGGAUAUUGUUGUAGCUAAUUAUGGAACUAGCACUAUAAGUAUCAUUUUUGGAAAUGGCAAUGGGGCUUUUACAAAUCAAACAAUAUACUCAAUGGAAUCGGGUUCUCAGCCGUGUUCAGUCGCCGUUGGUGAUUUUAACAACGACACUCAAUUAGAUAUCGUUGUAGCCAAUUAUUAUACCAGCGUUCUAAUCGUCUUUCUUGGAAGUGGCGAUGGAGCUUUUUUAAAUCAGAGUACCUAUUCAGUUGAUAGGGGUCCGUUUUCAGUUGUUGUUGGUGAUAUGAACAACGAUACCUAUUUGGAUUUCAUUGUAGCAAAUUACUACGGUGAUAAUAUAGGUGUUCUCCUCGGAAAAGGUGAUGGUACCUUUUCAGUGCAAACGACAUAUUCAACUGGAUGGAGUUCUCUACCGUAUUCAGUCGCUAUUGGUGAUUUCAACGGCGACAAUCGACUGGAUGUAACAGUUGCACUUUCAAAUUAUUUCUCUAUAGGUGUAUUUAUCGGAUAUUACAAUUCACCCUUUACAAUUCCUGUAAUUUAUUCAAGUGGCUCAAUUUCUACACCAUUCGCACUUGCUAUUGCAGACUUUGACAAUGAUAAUCGAUUAGAUAUUGUUUCUGCUAAUCAAGAGAGCAGUAAUAUAGGCAUCUAUUUGAAUUUUGGAAAUGGAAGUUUUCAAAUUCCUACCUUAUAUUCAACUGGUUACUCAACUAGUCUGUCUUCAGUUGCAACUGGCGAUUUUAAUAACGACAAUCUAAGCGAUAUCGUAGUCGCUAAUCAUGACAGUGACAAUAUCGCUAUCUUUCUUGGAUUAGGAAAUGGGGGUUUCAGAAGUGCUAUGACAUACUUAACUGCGCUUAAUUCUGGUCCCUGCUCGAUAGCUGUAGGUUAUUUCAAUAAUGAUGAUCGAUUGGAUAUUAUUAGUGCCAAUAAUGGAGAUGAUAGUAUAGUUUUAUUUCUUCAUUAUGGCUUUGGAGCUUUCGUGAACAAAGAAAUGUAUUCUACUACUACUUUUACUACCUCUCAUUCAAUAAGCUCUGGAGAUUUCAAUGAAGAUACUCUAGUAGAUAUGGUUGUAGCCAAUUAUCAUGUUGACACUAUAACUGUGCUUCUUGGAAAUGGGGACGGAACGUUCUCGAAUCAAACCACACAUUAUACUGGAGAUAGUUCACAGCCCUAUGCAGUUGUCGUUGGUGAUUUCAACAACGACAGACACUUGGAUUUGGCUGUAGCCAAUAGAAAUGGUGGCUAUCUAAGUAUAUUUCUUGGAAAUGGUAACGGGACCUUUCAAAAUCAAACCACAUAUCCUACUGGAGAUGGUUCUCUACCGCUUGCGCUCACUGUUGGUGAUUUAAAUAACGAUGGUUGUCUGGACAUUGUUGUAAGCAGUUCCGGUAGUUUCUAUAUAUGCAUAUUUCUUGGAAAGUGUGAUGGUACAUUUUUGAAUGCCACAACAUACUCAACUGGCUAUAAUUCAUGGCCUUGGGGCAUCGUAAUUAGCGAUUUUAACAACGACACACGACCAGAUAUCGCUGUAGCCAAUAAGUUUACUUUCAAUAUAGGUGUAUUUUUGGGAAAUGGUGACGGAACGUUUUCAAAUCAAACCACUUACUCAACUGGAGAAAACUCGCGACCGCAGGGGCUCAGUUUUGGUGAUUUUAAUAAUGAUAAUCGAAUUGAUAUCGUUGUAGGCAAUUAUGGAGGUGAUAAUAUAGGCAUAUUGUUGGGGAAUGGAGACGGUACGUUUUUGAAUCAAACAACAUAUUCCACUGGCUAUCUGUCUGGCCCCUAUUGGCUCGUCGUUGAUGACUUUAAUAAAGAUGGUCGACUGGAUGUUGCCGCCGCUCUCUCUCUGUCUGACAGUUUAGCGAUCUGUUUCGGAAAAGAAAAUGGAACAUUUAGUAAUCCAAUGAUAUUUCGAACUGGCUCUUCAACCUAUCCGGUGUGUUUGAUAGUUAAUGAUUUCAACCAUGACAGCUGGCUUGAUGUAGGCAUUGUUUUUGAUGAUGUUGGUGGUGUCGGCGUAUUCAUGGGAGACAGAAACAGAAUAUUUCUAGUACCUUUAACAUAUUCAACUGGCACGGGUUCUGCUCCGCAAACUAUCGUCGUUGGCGAUUUCAAUAACGACAAGCAUCUUGAUGUAGCUGUUACAUAUAGUAAGAGUAACAAUGUAGGUGUAUUUCUAGGACUUGGUGAUGGAAAUUUUUCAAAGCAAGUAACAUACUCAACUGGUGCUAAUUCUCGACCGUGGUCAGUUGCUUUAGGUGAUCUUAAUAACGAUACGCAAAUGGAUAUGGUCGUGACUAAUCGUAAUAGUAACAAUAUAGGAGUUUUUCUUGGAUACGGGAAUGGAAUGUUUGGAAAUAUAAAGAUAUAUCAAAUUGGUUUGUUUUCUGAUCCAAUAUCUAUCGCUAUUCUAGAUUUUAACAGAGACAAUCAAAUGGACAUUGCUGUUGCUAAUUAUCUUGCUAACAGUAUAAUCAUAUUUCAAGGAACUGGUGAUGGAACAUUUUCGAGCCAAACGACAUAUUUAAUUGGUUAUAAUUCUCGGCCAGUUUCGAUUGCUUUGGGUGAUUUCAAUAUGGAUGACUGGAUGGAUAUUGCCGUAGCUACUUUAGGCAUAAAAAAUAUAAAAAUUCUUUUAAAAUUUUGUUAG